GUUCCUUUACACAACUGAUGUAAACUAGACGAACAAAGUUAGUUACCUCCAUAUUGGUACAUACACUUCUGGAGCGCCGUAAAAUGAAUAAUAAGAUGAAAAAAAUGCAAAUAUAACCCGAAUCUGAUGAUGUGAAAUUGGCGUAAUGGAAAAUUCAGUUAAAUUGUAGCUUACGUGAUCCAACCAUAACUCAUUGAAAAAAAAUUAGAAGCGACAGUUAAAUGCUAUUGAAGAGUGCUCAUCUUAUAAUAACAAAUUAACUUAGGCACAUCGAGAAUAUUUUGGUUUGAGUGCCGAGCGAUUAUCCAGUCAGUUUAGACGAUUUUCCGGCAAAGAGAUUCGACUGGGAGCCUAAGUGCAAACCGCAAAGUUCAAAUUAAUAUUGUUGUUAGUAGAUUCUUCCACGAAUUGUUGCAGCAAUUAUAAUAUAAUUUUCAACGAGAACUUAAAUUUAAUUUGACAGUCAGAUGUAAAUGAUAAAAAAAAUGACGCGUUUUGCGGUUUUGUCGUAUUCUAUUCCGCAAAUUUGGAAACCACCUCGGUGCAAUCGUGCAGGAUUUGCAAAUAUAGAUUCAGAAAAUCGCGAGAUCAAAACAACAGUAGCUCAUAGAAAGCAAUAACAACGUCAGCGAUUAAAAUCGGAUUUAAUUAGAAAAAAUUAGCAAUGAAAAACAGCUUCAAAUCUAGAGAAGCAUCAUUUCUCAACUUUCGGCAAUCGAAGAAAGAUGAAGAUUUUACUCGCAGCAGUUCUUUGUGAAUUAUUAGUCUUAUCGUUUGCAAAAAGGCGUUACAAUAAAGCACCACCACCUUUACCUGAAUGCACAGCAAAGUCAAGUUAUAAAACUCCGCCAUUUUGCUGGAGCCCUACCCACACAUGCUUACAUCGUAAGUGUAGAUUUACCAUCAAGGAAAUGCGAUUAUCUACCGACCCGCCUAAAGACGUCCCACUUUCGAGAAAAUAUACAGUAGACGUCAAAGAAUGCAGAGGAGAACCUGAUGGACGACCAUGCAGCGAAGGUGGCACGUGUUCAUGUAGACACGAAUUCAAGUGGAUUCUGAUAGAAACAUACGUUAUCAUACACAACAAAUCGCCAUUCGGAGAACUCACUCAUGCCAAGUCCAUGAAAAGAAUCGGUUAUGCACGCGUGAGUGAUAUAAAAGUAUUCAGUAAAAAGGGCAAAAUGAUUGUAAAUUUAUAAUUGUAAUUGAAUAUUAUCAUAAUACUAUGGAUGCCGAUUUUAGGUAAAAUGAAACAGUUACAUAUAGAUAGCUUAUACAUCAUUGAUAAAUGAAUUGAUUUGAGUUAUAAAUGUCGGGAAUUACCUGUCCUAUAAUAACAAGAGAGCUAUGCUCAAAUAUAUGGAUACGUAGCGCCACCUAGUGGCAGAUGUCGAUGACGUCAUGGCACACAAAAAACGAAUCCCAUACAGCUCACCGGA